AUGGAAGUCUUUUUGGGCACUUGCAACAUCCUGUACAACUUCAUACGUAAGCCAACUGUGUCUGUUCACUACACUGGGCAAGCACUGAAACAACUGUUGGAACAGCGGUGGACUGGUCACCUAGCUGCUGUAAAAGUCAUCACUGGAUCACAUAAAGCUAUCUUGACGAUUCUGUCGGACAUUGCCACAAAUGAGAAUAACACAUUCUUACCUGAAUUAGUGGUGGAGGCAAUCGAAUUGUUGAAGCUGAUAAAAAAUAAACCCUUUCUAAUCCAUGCUGUAGCUGUCAACAAAGCAUUGAGUAUACUAGCACCUGUCAACAUUCAUCUACAAUCAGUCAGAAUAAAUAUGAUGCAAACCUUGAUGCUAAUAUCAACUUCGCGAGCAUCCAUUGCUUUGUUGAGAACUGAUGAAAUAUUUACCACUUUGCUGGAUGAAGUUAAGCUGAUUCUGCAAAAUACUAUGGGUGAUGAUAACAGUGUAACAGUACAAGACCAUCAGCCUGCGGAAAAGAGAAGACUUCGUGAAAACUCUGGUUUCAAAGACAACAUUGUUGACCAUCUGCACAGAGAUAACACCAAUUUGUCAGAAAAUAAUAACCUUAAACGAUCGUGGUUCUGUCUAAUUGACAGAGUCCUGGUUGAGCUUGAUGAACGUUUCUCGAAGAAAAAUUCGCAUCUUAUUCGUGCCAUGGAGUCACUAGAUCCCGAAUCAAAACAUUUCUUUGACAAAGUCCGAAUGGGAUUUCUCGCAGACUUGAUCAGCCUUGAAAUGGACAGCUUUGUUUUGGCUCAAAUUGGUGUUGCCAAAAAAUACAUCAGUGAUCACUGGAGAAAAAACGACAAACAUAACCUGGUGUCUGUUUUGCAACAGCUCUUCCAUUUGAAAUGGAAGUGCUUUCCAGCCAUUAUAGAACUGUAUGAGGCAGCAUUAACAAUUGGAUCCUCAACUACGACACGUGAAAGAGUUUUUUCUGCUCUGACAAAUGUGCUUACGGACCUCCGUCAGUCGAUGUCUCAUGAAAGACUGGUGAACUUGAUCCUCGUCGGGUUUGAGAAGUGUAUCCUUGAUGAUAUAUGUCAGAGUGCUGAUGGGAAGCAUAAGAUAUUGAGAGACUUCAAUUCUAUUCAGAAUAGACGAUUACAGUUGUUUUAA